AUGAGACACGGCGCCGGAGCGGUGCCACUGCUGCUCAACAUGUACCUGCCAGAUCCAGUCGGGGAAACUUUGUUCAAAGACGGGAAGAGCCAGGCGUGGGGGUCUCUCAGCCCCGGCGUGCAGAAAGGCAGUGGGCAGAUCCAGCUGUGGCAGUUCCUGCUUGAGCUGCUCUCGGACCGGGCCAACCUGAACUGCAUCGCCUGGGAAGGCACGAAUGGGGAGUUCAAGCUGAUUGACCCCGACGAGGUGGCACGGCGCUGGGGCGAGCGGAAGAGCAAACCCAACAUGAAUUAUGACAAGCUGAGCCGGGCACUGCGCUACUACUAUGACAAGAACAUCAUGACCAAGGUCCAUGGCAAGCGCUACGCCUACAAGUUCGACUUCCAUGGGCUGGCUCAGGUGUGCCAGCCAACUGCUCCCGAUCACACCCUCUACAAAUUCCAGGGAAACCUGGCCCCACUGCCCUUCUCAGGCAUCUCCAAACUCAACCUCAUGACCUCGGGGGUGACACCAGCUGGCUUCUCCUAUUGGCCUGGCUCCAGCCCAUCCCUCUACCCAGGGCAUGGGCUGCAGCCCUCUGCCCCAUUCAGUGCCAUGGCAGCCUCCCACCUCAACAACAUGAACAACCACUACCAUUAGAGGUUCAGCUGUGCCAGGCACAUGCCCCUGGCAGCAUGGGGCUGUGGAGCUCUGCAGGGAGGAAUGGGGGGUGGGAUCAUGCCCUGCUCUCAGUUGCCCCUUUUUAGAUUUGGAGAGUGGUGUGAUGGGUGAGGGGUGCUUGCAGGGUAGGUGGGUUGGUGGGUAGCUGGAGGAGAGAAGUCACCUCAAUUUAGAAUGAGGAGGGAUCCAUCACCCUAGGAGUGCACAUGGAUACCUAAAGCAGGAUGUGAAUGGAAGGAAAAACCAAGGGCUCACCUCCUGGCAGGGCUCAUGCUCCCCCCCUCCCUCUUUGAAACAUGCUGCGCACCCCAUACUCUGCCCCCAGCCUGUUUCCGCCCUCCCCUGUCCCUGCAGAGAAGAGCUGGGUCUCUAGGACAGCAGCAUUUAUGGGUGCAUGUUCCACUGGGGCAGGAAUAGGGAAAGGGGACCCCCCUUACUGCUCUUUGGUCCCCCACCUUUGCCUCCAAAGCUUUCCUUUCUUCCAUCUCUCCUACACCUCCUGCCAGUUGUGGCUUCCUCCAGACCUCAAGAGAAGCUUUGGUCUGGAGAACAGAUGCCCUUCAUGGGUUAACUCCUGCCCAGGGGUUGGAGGAGCCAGGGAUAGGUGUGGGGGGCACAGCCGGCACCUCAGGGCAAGGCAAGAGCCCAGAGGCAGCACCCCUGCAGCCCUCCCUUCUCAGUGCCUAGGACCAUGUCACAGGGCGGGAUGGUCUCCAAAACCCUGCACAGAAGCCUAUGUCCUGCUGGUCACUGCCAAGUUUAAUGAUUCAGUUUUACUGUGUCUUCAGACCUCAUAUGCAGGGCUUAGUUGGACACCUUCCAGGUGGGGACAUCUCCAGGGUCAAAGCUGAGUGGGAGGUGGAGCAGGAGAAGGGACAACAGGGCUGGGAGCCCUGGGCACUGAGGGGCAGCCCUGCACCUCUUCCCUGGUGUCUGAGGAGGUGCCCCCAUUCUCCAGAGCAAGAUUUUAGCCCAAUGGGUGCAGAAGUGCUGGGCAUGCAGGGCUCUGCGCUGGCAAGGGAGGGA